AUGCGCAGUGUCCCUGUAAGGACCCACACUGCUACAACAUACCUUUGGAACCACCUCUCCUGGUAUAACCCCAGAAGCUUGGAACGAAUUGCAAGAGACUCUUCUUAUGAGCAAGAAGGAAAGGUCCAGUUUGUCAUUGAUGCUGUGUAUUCUAUGGCAUAUGCCUUGCACAACAUGCAUAAAGAUCUUUGCCCAGGCUACGUUGGUCUGUGUCCACGAAUGAGCACCGUUGAUGGAAAAGAGCUGCUGGGUUAUAUUCGGGCAGUAAACUUUAAUGGGAGUGCUGGAACACCUGUUAUUUUCAAUGAAAAUGGAGAUGCACCUGGACGUUAUGAUAUUUUCCAGUAUCAAAUAACCAAUAAAACUACAGAAUACAAAAUCAUUGGCCACUGGACAAACCAGCUUCAUCUAAAUGUAGAAGAAAUGCAGUGGGGUAGCAGACAGCGAAUGCAUCCAACAUCAGUCUGUAGCUUGCCGUGCAAGCCUGGGGAAAGAAAGAAAACGGUGAAGGGAGUGCCUUGCUGUUGGCAUUGUGAACGCUGUGAAGGCUACCAUUACCAAGUGGAUGAAUUCACCUGCGAAGUGUGCCCAUUUAAUAAGAGGCCCAACCUCAACCGCACAGAUUGCCAUCUUAUCCCCAUCAUCAAGCUGGAGUGGCAUUCCCCAUGGGCUGUUGUGCCUGUCUUCAUAGCAAUAUUCGGGAUCAUUGCAACAUCCUUUGUCAUCGUGACAUUUGUUCGCCACAAUGAUACACCAAUUGUCAGGGCCUCCGGACGCGAACUCAGCUACGUCCUCUUGACUGGGAUUUUUCUCUGUUAUUCCAUCACUUUUUUAAUGAUUGCAAGUCCGGACACUGCUGUGUGCUCCUUACGACGGAUCUUUUUAGGGCUUGGAAUGUGCUUCAGUUAUGCAGCCUUGCUCACCAAAACAAACCGAAUCCACCGAAUAUUUGAGCAAGGCAAAAAAUCUGUCACUGCUCCAAAAUUCAUCAGUCCAGCUUCCCAACUGGUGAUUACUUUCAGCCUCAUAUCCAUACAGCUUUUAGGAGUCUUCAUCUGGUUUGCUGUGGAUCCCCCACAUAUCAUAGUGGACUAUGGAGAGCAGAGGACUCUUGAUCCUGAGAAUGCCCGGGGGGUUCUGAAAUGUGACAUCUCUGAUCUCUCUCUCAUUUGUUCUCUUGGAUACAGUAUUCUUUUAAUGGUAACAUGCACUGUUUAUGCUAUUAAAACAAGAGGUGUUCCAGAGACCUUCAAUGAAGCAAAACCAAUUGGAUUUACUAUGUAUACAACCUGUAUCAUUUGGUUAGCUUUCAUUCCAAUCUUUUUUGGAACUGCACAGUCAGCAGAGAAGAUGUACAUCCAGACAACAACACUUACAGUGUCCAUGAGUUUAAGUGCUUCUGUAUCUCUGGGCAUGCUCUAUAUGCCCAAAGUUUAUAUUAUCAUUUUUCAUCCAGAGCAAAAUGUUCAAAAACGGAAGAGGAGUUUCAAGGCUGUUGUGACAGCAGCCACAAUGCAAAGCAAGCUGAUCCAAAAGGGAAAUGACAGACCAAAUGGCGAGGUCAAAACUGAACUUUGUGAAAGUCUUGAAACCAACAGUAAGUCAUCCAAAAAAUGCAAAUAUUUAGCUUACAGAAUUUCUACAGUGGUUAAGCUCUUAAAAACCUAUGAAAAUCUACAAGAUUCAUCCAUCUAUUGA